AGCUUGAUCUUGAAGCUCAUUUGCAUUGUCUCAACAACUUCUCUGUUAUUGGAUCAACCACUCCCUCGGCGCUCCCCCUCCAACUCAACCGCAGUUCUCUGCUCAUCUCAACGCAAAAGUGGCACGACCAGUCCGCUAGAAGACCCUAGGUUUCACGACGGCGUUCGGCGUUGGCCACCACCAUCUUCGAUUCUCAGACUCCCCAGUCUCUCCAACCAGCUCCCGUCGUAUACCAUCGGCCGUACAGAAAGUCACGUAUCCUAUGUUCAUUUCUGCGGCCUUGUAUCUGUGUCCCCACUUACACCGACCGGCACCCUACCUAUUAGCCAGGGCCCCGGAUUUCCGACGACUUUGACGUCUGUCGCACUUUGUAUACCCAGUCAGAAAUUACGUUCUACGUGUAGUGACCGACCGGCCCGGCUUGUCCACCUCGCAGCAAGAAUCAGCUUCCGCCAAGGGGCUCAUAUAUCAGUACUCUUUUUGGUUGAAUAA